AUGUUCCAGAAAGCACCAGAGCUAUUGCGCUUGGCCUGGCCAUCAGUUGGCUCCUUAAUCUUGGACCAGGCUGCAGGGCUCACGACAAUUUUCUUCGUUGCCGCACUCGAUGACAAGUAUUUGUUGGGCUCAGUUGGCCUUGGAUCCAUGGCACAAAACGUUUUUGGAUUCAGCUUGGGAAUUGGUGUGAAUAGUGCCUUGAACACUUUGGUCUCCCAGAGCAAAGGUGCCGGACGUUUGGACUUGUGCUGCAUAUCGUUGCAACAGGCGCAAGUCUUAUGUAUUCUGGUGGCCUUUCCAAGCAUGCUGCUCAUGUGGCGCGCUGACGCACUAUUUCGUGCAGUUGGCAUCAAUCCGCGCACUGCCCAGGAUGCUGGACUGUAUGUGCGUGGGACUAUUUUUGUUAUGCCCUUCCAUUUCUUGGCUUGUGCUACCCGCUCCUUUCUUCGAGCUAUGCAAUUGCCGCGGCCAAUAUUUUUAGUCAGCACUGUGGUGGUGAUUUGCCAUCCUUUGUGGUGCUUUCUACUUAUACACCGUUGGGAGAAGGGUGCCUUUGGUGCUGGUCUGACGGUCACGCUCUCCUACGGCCUGAACUUCCUGCUUUUGACUAGCUAUGUGGCCAUUGUUAGGCCCGGACCAUGCAAGGAGGCCUGGCGGAUUUUGCCUUUGGAACUCCUUUCUCAGAAGUGCAGGCGCACAGGCGUGUCCGACUGCGACAAUUCGAGCUUUGCAGCUUACCUCCGAGUGGCGUUGCCCUCAGCCGUGCUGAUGUGGGCAGAGUGGUGGGCCUACGAAGCAAUGAGCCUCCUGGCAGGCCUUUGCGGCAAGACCGGCCUUGCAGCACACACUGCUGCUUGCAGCGUGCUGCUCAUCGUCUUUCAGUUGCCCACCGGCCUAGGGAAUGCGACAUCAGCCAUGGUAGGCCAUGCGAUCGGUGCAGGCAGCAGCACAGAUGCCAAAUCUUCGUUGAAGGUGGCUGUGAUGUUGAUCCUUUCGACAUGUUUGCUGGUUGCGGUCAUUUUGAUCCCCAGCCGCUUUUUCAUUGCACGCCUCUACACAUCCGAUCCAGAUGUGCUCAGUACUUUGGAGCUCCUUUGUGUGAUACUAGGUCUUUUUCAGCUCUUUGAUGGGUUGCAGACUGUUUUGGAGAGUGGCCUUAUUGGGCUGGGCAUGCAGAAGGCAGCGAGUCGAAUCAAGCUUUUGACUAUGCUAGUGGUAAGACUCGGUGGAGCCUAUGUCCUUUCCUUGCCUUUGGCCAGUGGUGUGGUUGGCAUUUGGGUGGCUGGAGUGGUUGGCAUGAUGGUGACAGUCGCCCUCUACCUGUGCCUUCUGCGCCGCUGCAACUUUGAGUAUUUGGCCUCAUCCGUGCAAAGGGAGCUCAUGUCGGCUUGA